AGAUAGAUAUCGCUGUUAGUCGUCAUUUUACGUAGCUUAUUAGAAGUGCGUUUUCUUAUCCUUGGAAAGACUCUUUGGAAGUUAUGCAUGACUUGCUGACAGCGGAUGACUGAUAGCUUGACUAAUUUAUAAUUUUUCUAAUCUGUGGUUCAUUCCUAGUCUAGGGUUGUGUUUAUUACGAUAUAUUACUAAGAAUAUCUGUAGUUUUUAUAUCUGUAAAUAUUUUAAUUUAAAAUACUAAACCAUUUUUUACUAUACUACCUAAGCUCUCAAUAGUGACAAAACAUACGGCAAAAAUAAAAUGUGUAUCUAAUUAACAUUAACUGGAAACAUUCCGACAAUCAAGUUAUAUAAUUCAGUGUAUUUUAAAAAUGUACAGGUUUAGGUUACUAUGGACUAGUUUAUCUCCCAUCAAAAAGAUUAAUAAAGUGGUUCCUGUGUUUCGCUCGCGUCCUAUCCCUCGUUUUAAAUACACAACUCCAGUUGCACUUAGUUUUUCUCUUUUUACAUGGCUUGGUUUCCAAAAAAAACUUAGCAUGGAAGAUGAGCUUAUUCUUACUAUCAAACAUUGUGUGCUAUUUAUUGAAAGAGGAGAUUACGAAAAAGCAGAGCAGCUUCUUCACGUAGCUCUAAGACAAGCUCAACAAUUCCAACAUCAACUCGGCAUUACAUAUAUUUAUGAUGUUAUGGCUAAUUUAGCUCUUGAAAGAAAUCAACUCGAUGCAGCAAAACAACUAUUUAUUGCUGUAACACAAAGAAUAAUGGCCGAUGGGGCCACAGAAGAUGACACUCGGGUUGUACAUAUUAGUGUAAAACUGGCUAGAAUAAGCCACUUAAAAAAAGAUUAUCAGACUGCCCAAAUAGGGUAUGAUUGGUGUAUAGAAAAAUUAAAGAAGGCAUUAAGUAAUGACCCUGAUAUAGAUAUAUUGAAACUACUGAGUAUAGCUGAAGACUGGUAUGGUAGGUUAUUUAUAGAAUGCAAUCAAUAUGAACAGGGCUUUAAACUGAUGAUUAGUGCACUUGAGCGAAUGAAACAGGUACCUAAUGUGGAACAAGAACACAUUGUAGUGCAAUUAAAUGAUAUAGGUACUGUUUCUGAUCUGCUGGGAAGAACUGAUGAAAGUAUUAGCUAUUUUCAAGAAGCUAUCCAAUUAGGGAAAAAAGUAGAGAAUAUGGAGUUAGGAGCCAUGUAUAUUAAUUUAGGGCGAGCUUACAUUAAAAAAAAUUUAUUGAAUGAAGCAAGAAAAAAUUGUGGCUAUGGUUGGAAAUUAGGUGUAAUAACUAAAAAUGAUGAUGUAAAGAAAGAAGCAGAAUUAUGUUUAAAUCAAAUAAAAAAUUCAACUUAGCA